AACAUUCCAAACAACACUAUGGUUUUAUUAGGCGAAAUUUUUCCGGAUUUCACAGCGGACACACAGAUGGGCACGAUCAAGUUCCACGAAUGGCUGGGUGAUUCAUGGGGCAUUUUAUUUUCUCAUCCCAAUGACUUUACACCAGUUUGCACAACUGAAUUGGCACGGGUUGCAAAACUAAUACCUGAAUUUAAGAGAUUGGGAGUCAAAGUGAUCGCUUUGUCCUGUAAUACUGUUGACUCCCAUCGCAAAUGGAUAGAGAACCAAACAUUUCAGGACAUAAAGAGCUACGGUCAGAUAACAGAUAAGGAGUUUCCCUAUCCGAUAAUAGAGGAUCAAGCCAGGAAACUUGCUACAUCAUUGGGAAUGUUGGAUCCCGCUGAGAUAGAUGGCCAGACUGGAUUGCCCAUGUCUGCACGAGCUGUGUUUAUAAUCGAUCCAGCUAAAAAAAUGCGACUUUCAAUUUUAUAUCCGGCUACUACCGGUCGAAAUUUUGACGAAAUCAUAAGGGUAGUUGAAUCUCUUCAGCUUACAGAGAAAUACAAAGUAGCAACUCCUGUAGAUUGGAAGAAAGGAGACGACGUGAUGAUUGAUCCAACCGUGUCAGAUAGCGAAGCGAGAGCUUGCUACAACGAUAUCAAGACUGUGACAUUACCUUCUGGCAGAACGUACCUACGUAUUGUACCACAACCUAUUGAUGCAUAAAAAAGAUUUUGAAAUAUUCAAAGAUUGAAACAGAGUACAACUCAAAUCGCACAAAUCAAUCUUGAUUGACGUGAUGCAAAUAUAAAUUUUUUACAUCGCGUUGUCUUACAAAAUAAACCAUUUAACACAUA